GUUUUAAAACCAUAAUAUUGAUGCUUUUGCAGUUGUGUUGGUUUUGCUUACCAGGAAGCUCCAAAUCAGGGUCCUGUUUCAUGUCGCGACGUGGGUUCCUAAGCUAACCAAUUCGUUUGUUGACAUUUGUGGAUAAACUCACUAUUUUCGGUUUCACGGAAAUAGUUCACUGUUUAGACAGAAAUGUACCGAGGCGAGGUACAUUAUUAUUAUUAUUAUUAUUAUUAUUAUUAUUUAGCGACGCUGAUAAUAUAGGAGUAAUAAUUAACUUUGUUAGUUAAUUUGCAUUAUUCAUAUAUUACAACGUACAGUGCUUCCCGUUUGAAGACAAUAAUAAAAGCAAAAUAAAACCAACAAGCAGGACAUAGGAUUACACAGUAAAUACAGUAGUAAAUGAUUAGAAAAUUAAAACGGUAGAGAAGAAAAGAAAUAAAAUGAGAACCAGACAACCAUUAAAGCCAAAGAAAUGAAAAUAUAAGUAGCCUAAAGCUAUAGUUGCUGUACUGAGCACGGAAAGUCUUCAUUGCAUCCAAAAGGCAUGUCAUUGUGUUAAUCAGAUUUCCUGGUUGUGCAAGGGUGAACACUAUUAAGGAAGGUUUCAAUUGCAAGAGGGUUUCACAAUGGUAAUAUUUCACAAUAGUAUAUUCAACAUGACAGUGCCAUGUUGAAAGUGACUGAGCUCUGUAGUGCGACCCAUUUUAAUGUCAAUGUUUGUCUAUGGAACUUGAUGAAUGUAUGCUUGAUUUUAUGCUCCUGUUAGCAAUGGGUGUUGCUGAAGUAGCCGAACCCUCUAAUUAGAAAGGCUGUCCACAUACUUUUGGCAGUGUAGUUAUGUGUUUGUUUCUCUUGUGAGGAUUGCUUUCUUUAUUUUAGAGGUGAAAAAAUAUGCCCUCCAGUGUUGCCAUUAUUUGAUCUACAAGCUCAAAACGUAAUUAUUUAUUCUUUAUACCCGGUUAUUACUGGUCAGGGUUGCGAGAGGUACUGGAGCCUGUCCCAGCAUGCAUUGGGCGAGAGACAGGAAUACAUCGUGGACAGGUCGCCAAUCUAUUGCAGGGAACUCAAGAUAUCAGUUUGCUCAUUUAGCAGUAUCUACUGAAUCACACAUGAGAGUGGAAUUCAUUUUAGAGAUGGAAAACUUGGUACUGGUCCAAUGUUACGUCUCUAUGAACUGGUCAGUGAAAUUACAGCGAGUUAAAGAUGUAGCUAAAUAAGUUAAGAACGGUGCUAUAGUGUCACUCAUCUUGUAGGACUCUUAUGGUUGUUCACUAAAUUAAUCUAUGAAACAUCUGGAAAUCCAGUAAAUAUGCUGAAUAGGGUUCCAUGAAAUGUAUUGUACCUUUUAGGCAUAUAGCAAUAUUUGAGUUUAUGAGUUAACUUUCAGCGAGGUAGCCUCAUUGACAGUGGCUAAGUGAAAUCGAUAAUGAUUCAAAAAAUGUAACUUCUUAAAUAUUUAAUCCCAUCUUCUACUGAGACUUUUGUCGUUUAUUCAGGGCGUUACAAAUAUUCUGCGGCACUGACCAUCCAAAACUUUCACUUAACGUACUGGCCUCAUCUGGUGGUCAAUGAAGGCUAACAACACACAAGCACUUACUACUGGUAGGUUUAUCACCUGCUGAGAAGUCUGAGGGGAAAUGUUGAGCUCAGUCAUACACUAUUGUCUACAUAUUUUACUGAAUGCAAGCCCAAUAUUGUCUACUUAAAUGAUGGUUGGUCAGGAAGGAGCCAGUCUAAAGCUGCUGUUCACAGUUUACUGUUUAAUACAUGAAGGCUACAUGCCAAUGUUUUAUUUUUUUUAUUCAUACAUACUUUUUAAAAACCCUUUGAAGAGUAGGAUUUUUGAAAUGUUUGUUUUUUCCCCAAAAUGUAUAAGUCGGUGUUAUGGAACUCUGUUGCUUUCAAUUACUAGUUCAGAACAUUCUAAUCACAUAGUUGUGAUCUUACACUGGAAUAAGUUGUUAAAGGAGUGGAGGAUUUCUUUCUUUGAAUGGUAUCAAAGUAGGUGUGGAGAAUCAUUGAAUAUUCCUAGUAUUGAUAUUGACUACCAAGAUUUUGGUAUCAAAUUUUGAAUCUUUUAGGAGAGUAACUUAGGCAGUGAGAAAUCUACCAUCUGGGUCUGAUUAUCCUAAGAUUCCUUGGUUAAGGGGAGGCACCACCGUCAAAAACGAUGAUUUUGGUCCGUAUGUUAAUUUUGUUAUUUUUUGAUAUUUCUGUAGUUUCAUAAAAUUAACAAACUAAAGGUAAAUUAUCAUUAUAAAUAGUUACUUUAGAUGAUAAUACAACUCCAUCGUCAAGUACACAAAGCAUAAAAUGAGCUUAUGAUAGCAUCUUUUAUGAUUAAAUGCCUCCGCAGUAUUAAAACUGACCUGGUUGAAUCAUGUAUCGUUAAAAAGCUUGUUUCCUGGACCGUACUGCUAGAAUGAGCAUAUGUGGCUAUUUCCUUUGCUGUCACUGUGAAGAUGGAUGAAAGACAAGCAGAACUCUUUGAUUUCAUUGGCUACUAGCGUUUAAAGGUCCCUUUAACUGCCAUUUUCUCAAAACUGUAUGUUGCCCUUUGGGUAUUCAAUUUAUCUCAACUUUAACAAUAGAUACAGCUGCAUAAUUUUACAGAACUACUUCUUAAAUGUUAUAGCUAGGGCGUGUCACAGGCUUUUUUGAUAUGUUCUGUCAUUUUCAUUUUAUGUGGUAUUUUAUCAGUAAAAGGUCAAAAAAAAAAUUUUCAGCAUAUACAUAUUGUUUUAGGAAUUUAUUUUAAAACUGUAUUUUGACAAAAGCCUCUGACCAGCCCUAGCUGUUCAGUUAUUGAUCACAUUAAAAAAAAAAUCAUGUCAGAUUUUAUCUGUUGAGCUCCCUGGUGUGAAUAUGUAUGAGUGUGAAGCAGGGCGUUCCUGCAGAAGAGCAUCCGUGCUCUGUGAACCUACCCUGGGUAAAUAAAGAUUAAAUAAAAAAAAAAAAAAAAUAUAUAUAUAUAUAUAUAUAUAUAGAUAGAAUAUGCUUAUAUGCAAAUUAGCACAUAUUUAAUGAGCUUAUAGCUAAUUUGCAUAUUUAAAAAAAAGAAAAGUCAUAAUACAAAAAACCCAUGUAUUUGUGUCUUUAUUCAACUGGUAAAAUUUCAUUUUGAUAUGAGUAAAGGAAUAUUUUUUCCUAUUAAGGGGUGGUGCCUCCCCUUAAAGGGGAAUUGCACUUUAUAGCACUUCUGCUUCUCAUGACUGAUGAAUGUGUCGCCCUUCGUUUUUAAAUUAAUUAUUUCAUUUUAAGUGUCUAACGUUAGAAAGAAAGAUCUAUUUCUUUUUUUAGCGGAACUCCACAUAGUAGUAUGGUUUCCGGUUAUUUCUUCUUCAAUUUCGUUUCGCGGCAAAACCGAGAAGAGGCGAAGCAAAACAUUCCGUUAACUUAGCGUUGAAAUCGAACAAACUAACGUUCUUUUGUUUGAUGCGAUAUCAGUGUAAUAAUGAGGUGCAUUUGUACCCGGUUGUUAAAAUGCCCCCGUUAAACUUGCCUUGAAAGCACAUUUUCAUAGUUUUCCACACGAUGAAACUUUGUGCCAGACAUGGCUGGAUGUAAUCAGACACCCUAACAUAACAGCCGAAGAAGUUCGCAAACAAGGACUAAGGGUAUGCAGCGACUACUUUGAAGCCACGGAUUACCAAGGUGACAACUGAAGCCUGGAGCUGUACCCACCGUUUCCCCAUCGUUGGUCGAACCACUACAGGAGCUGCAGUUCUGAACACCUUUGAGCAGCAGUAUGAUGCAGGCAGGAGUCUGUCUGAGAUAGGACACUGAGGCAAUCCUACCAGAGCUCACUGAGCAGCACAGGAUCAGACAGAAAGAAGAGGAACUCAGUGGACUGGAGUUUGUCCACAUGGCAGAGUCAGAGACAGAGUGUGCUGCAGCAGGACUCAACACACUGGAGCCAGAGUGUGUUACAGCACACAGCAGGGUCAGUGAUGUACACCAUACACACACAUCACUGAUUAAAACAGAAACUGAUCUGGGCUCCACCUACACUGGGAAUCUUAAGACUGAGAGCCUAGACAGUGCAGAGCUGGGAUAUGUAACCCAUCUGCAUCCUGACCAAAUCAAAACAGAGACUGAUGAUGGAGGAUAUCUUAAGGCAGAACACUUCAGUGACUUGCAGGAUUUUAAUUUUAAGUCUGAUAAAAUGAAGUGUGAAUACAAUGAAAGUUUAGUGAGUGAUCUCAUGAAUUCUGCAAUGAAUGGAGCUGGUUUCUUUCAAAACAAGAUAAUUCACAGGAAUGAAUGUGAAAUUAAUACAGGUGAAAAGCCAUACAAGUGUAUGCAGUGUGAGAAGCGUUUUCAUGCAAAAGCUGAUUUAAAUACACACCUGAGAAUUCAUACAGGUGAAAAGCCCUACAGAUGUUUUGAAUGCAAGAAGUGCUUUUCCCAAAUAGGUCAUUUAAUUUCCCACCGGAGAAUUCAUACAGGUGAAAAGCCCUACAAAUGUGUUCAGUGUGGGAAGUGUUUUUCCCAAAUGUCUAAUUUAAGUAGCCAUUUGAAAAUUCAUACAGGUGAAAAACCAUACAAAUGUACACAGUGUAAAAAGUGUUUUGGAAAAAAUCCAGCUUUAAUUAGACAUCUGAGACUUCAUACUGGUGAAAAGCCCUACAAAUGUAUUCAAUGUGGCAAGUGUUUUAGUACAAAAUCUUAUUUAGAGAUACACCAGAGAAUCCAUACAGGUGAAAAGCCAUACACAUGUACUCAGUGUGGGAAGUCCUUUUCAGCUAUAUGUAAUUUAAAUAUCCACUUGAGAAUUCAUACAGGCGAAAAGCCCUAUAAAUGUACUCAGUGUGGGAAGUGUUUUAAUGCAAGAUCUCAGUUAGUUACACACCAGAGAAUCCAUACAGGUGAAAAGCCCUACACGUGUAUUCAGUGUGGGAAGUGUUUUUCUCAAAGAGCUCAUUUAUGUAAGCACCUGAAAAUUCAUGCAGGUGAAAAGCCUGCCGUAUGCAUUUAGUUUUUAAUUUGAAAAAAAUCUUUUUUAAAUAACUAUUUAAAUGACUGUUGGAAAGUUUGUACAGAUGGGAGAUUCUUGUGGGAGGUAUUUUAUGAAGCCUACUUUGUGAUCUGGGCUGUUUUGUGUAGGAAGUGUUUCUGGUGUUCAUCCAAUGUAAAUUAACAUCUGAAAAUUUAUUCAAAAACCCCUUCUUAUCUUUUCAUUAAAACACCAGACAAUUCGUACAAAUGAAAAGGCAUUUGCAUGUACUCAGUGGAAGGUUUGUCAGUCUUGCAUCAUUUAAAUCUGUUAUAUUUUUGCCAAAAAUGCUUGAAAGGCUGUAUAAUUUUACCCCAUUGGAAAAAUCGUAAAUAUGAGAAGUCAUGAGCUCAAUGGUUCUUUAUGUUCAUUUCAACACCAGAAAAUUCCAUCAGAAACUAGUUGUGAGUAACCCAUGUGGAAAGUGUGCUUACUAUGUGAAAUGCACUUUAAUUGUAAAUUGUAGACUUCAGACAGUUUAUUUUUUCAGAGAUAGCCGUUGAGGGUCUUUGUUUCAGUUUUUUUUUACUGUUGUAUAUGAAAUGUGUAUUAAAUAAUUGUACACUUGACUGUACGCAUACCAAGGCCUUUAUGAUGUG